CUUAAUAAAACAAUGUAUUGUAAUAUAUCCAAGUGAAUUGCGUGACUUUUUUAAUUUGUUCGAACGAUUUUUUAAAAGCGUGACAGCUCUACGAAGACAUUGGAAGCUGAUGUACAUUAUAUUGAAAGACAUUACAUUACAUACAGUGGGGAUUAAAUACGAAUUGCCGACUUGCAACUUGCACAAGUUGAAUGACCCCUCAACUCGUACUUUUGAGUUGGAACUUUGGAAAUACUUUUGAUACCCAAGUUCCCGAGCUUGGACAGGACACUUUCAAUUUUAAAUGGUAUUUAGAGGCUUUCAGGACUCCCUCAACGCUUUGCUAAACCUUCAGUAAAGCUCCAGUUACAGCUGAAGAAAAGCAGCCUGCGCCACAUUUGGAGACGCUGCCUGCACCACACAUCACAGUGGUUCUUUGCAGGCCAUGGCUUUUGCAGUAGGAUGCAACCAAGAAGAUAUCAGGAAAAUCUUAAAGGAACAGCUAAACUUUAUUUGGAGCCACUUUACUUGCAGAGUGGUGGCUCUGAGUUUAGGGAUCUAUGCCUGCCAUUGGAAGGUUGCUGGAAGGUUCGAAUCCUGUGAAUGUCGGCAGUGAUUCUACUCUGUUGGGCCCUUGAGCAAGGCCCUUAACCUGCAAUUGCUUUGUCCUGGCUAUGAUAUUAAUCUACAUCCAGUCCUGUAAGCAGGUUCUCCAACUUCCAGGGAAAAUUUGGGGGUUGGUGGCAGGAUUGGCAUUCCAGCCCCCAGGAGAAUCUUCACACUGUUCCAUUUGGACUAAUGCAGUGCUGAGACGCACCGAGUGCUGCAGCGCAAGAGGCAAAGGCUUAGAGUGUCGCUGUCUGGGGAACAAUUUAUUUUUGCAAUUUUUUUGGAGGAUAUUAUUUACCUGCAUCUUUAAGGAAAUAACAACUAUAGAACAGAAGUACGACUUCCAAUAGGAUUUCCUUCUGAGGAAAGAAACCAGGUACAGCACCAUUCUUGUGAUGCUAUGGACACCAUGGUGACUGUUUCAUCAACAGGUGAGGACAAUUCCUCUACAAAUGUGGCCUCCCACCGCAGAUAUGGCAAUUCCCGUACAGCAAACGCAAACCACUUCCAUUUGGAUACCAUGAGGAACUAUUCUGAGCCAACUCGGAGGCCCUCAGGGAACUCUCUCGCUGCUGUCAAAUCUGGUGAAUCAAGAGACUCUUCCAGAAAGGCAAGCAGUGCUACUAAUGAGCCCCUGGCUGGAACCAGAGGCAUCCCUGUGGCCUCCCAGGGUGAUGUCACACAAGAUGGGGAGGGACACACCUACGUCGACAACUCCGGCUGCAUCUAUAGGCAUAUCUCACCCAUGCUGGUGCCGUCGAUCAACAAGUUCUCCCUGCGCAUGUUUGGCAGCCAGAAGGGGGUGCUCAUGGAGCAGGAGAGGGUGAGGUCCCUUGGCAUAUGGAUCAUCCACCCAUUCAGUGAAUUCAGGUUCUCCUGGGACUUCUUGAUGCUGGUCCUGAUGAUUAUAAACUUGAUAACCUUGCCAUUUGGAAUCACAUUCUUUGACAGUGAUGACAGCUCAUGGUUUGGAAUCAUUUUUGGUGUCAUUAGUGACAUUCUGUUCCUGUUUGAUCUGUUAUUCAACUUCCGUACUGGCCUCCUGAAAGAGGAUACCUCCGAGGUUGUGCUGGAUCUAACUGCCAUCCGCCAGAACUACUUCCAGACCUGGUUCGCUGUGGACCUUGUGUCUUCCAUGCCUGUGGACUACAUUUUCCUCUUCGUGGACUUGGACGACCAUAUGGACUCAGACAUGUACAAAACGGCUCGUGCACUGCGUGCCAUGCGUUUCACAAAGGUCCUCAGCCUGCUCCGUCUGCUGCGGCUGUCUCGACUUAUCCGAUACCUUCGCCAAUGGGAGGAGAUCCUCAAUACGAAGUAUGACAAGGCCAGCGCACUGCUGCGCAUCACCAACCUCAUUGGUAUGAUGCUACUGCUAUGUCACUGGGAUGGCUGUCUGCAGUUCCUGGUACCCAGCAUGCAGGACUUCCCAUCCCACUGCUGGGUGGUCAAGAAUGACUUGGUGAACCAGACCUGGGUUGCACAGUACUCAUUUGCCCUUUUCAAGUCCAUCAGCCACAUGCUGUGUAUUGGCUAUGGUGUCCACGCUCCGGAGGGCUUAGUGGAGGUUUGGCUCACCAUGCUCAGCAUGAUGGUGGGAGCGACCUGCUAUGCUAUGUUCCUGGGCCACGCCACCACACUCAUUCAGUCACUAGAUGCAUCUCGUCGGCAGUACGAUGAGAAGUAUAAGCAGGUGGAGCAGUACAUGGCAUAUCAUAAGCUGCCCGCAGACCUAAGGCAAAGGAUCCAUGAUUAUUAUGAGCACCGGUUCCAGGGGAAGAUGUUUGAAGAAAGCAGAAUCCUACGGGAGCUGAGCGACCCAAUCAGAGAGGAAAUUGUGAACCAUAACUGCCGCCACUUGGUGACCAAUGUGCCACUAUUUGUUUCUGCGGACCCAAAUUUCGUAUUUGCCGUGAUGACCAAGCUCUGCCUCGAGGUCUUCCUACCUGGGGAUAUCAUCAUACGCGAGAGUUCGGCGGCGCGCAAAAUGUACUUCAUCCAGCAUGGCACUAUCAACGUGACCACCUCCGAUAAUGAGGAGCUGAGCCUCACCGAUGGGGCUUAUUAUGGUGAGAUGUGUCUGCUGACCCGAGAAGACAGCACAGCCACUGUCUUGGCCGAGACCUACUGCCGCCUUUACUCCCUGUCAGCAGAUGACUUCCAUGAGGUGCUGGAAGAGUACCCCUUCAUGAAACAGAUCUACGGAAUUGAUGAUGCGGAUAACCCAAGACACAAUGAUAAAAGAGAGGAGCAGUUGCUGCAGCAGAAUAGCAUGGCAGGAGAAGGCACUAUGACAUCUCCAGACUCAUCCCAGUGUGACACUGAGUUAGGUGGACAGGCCAGCAAAUAUGGUUAAUGAAUGUUAUAUUUCUACAUUAAAACUGACUCCAGCCAAAGCAGUGGAGCAAGAAUUAGCAUAAGCACCCCUAACCCAAACCCAACCUGCCUCCUGCCUGCAGUUCUCUUACUCCAGACCUUUUCCAGAAUGUAUACAGUCCCACACUCAGCCCCUCCUCUUUUAGCUCCAGGUCUCUUCCUAGAUAGUUUUGUUCUUAAACCCCUCUUAUUUUAUAUCCUGUGUUUGUAUUUAACUCUUUAACCUACGUUUCAUCAUACUUUGCACACUUUUAUAUGUGAGCAAAUUGCCUUUAGACACUGUAAUGACAAGAAGACACAUGUUAUUUCAUUAUAUGUAUAUAAUAUAAUAUUUAAAAUAAAUAUUUAUACACCUUAUAAGAAAGCAAGUGUUUCUGUCGUUCUUAAUUUAAAGUUACAAUCAAUUCUAAAAUUGAAAGCAUCUCUGCACAUCCCUACUGCCCUGUCUUAAUUGAUGACAAGACAUGUUAAGCUGUUUGCAGCUAUUCUGGUUGCUUGUGUUUAUGUUGGUUUCCCUUAAUUUUUGUAAGGUUUUGUAAUAUGCCUAUUGGAUUAUAUUAAAC